AUGGAAGAAGACUGUCUUAUUGCCCUCCACAUCCUUCACCUGACUGAAUGCCAGUUGGACUUUGGCUUUCCUAACCCCAACCCUGCAUACUCAGUCCAACUAGCAAAUGCUCUCCACCAAGAAAAGAGCAUUGAGAGGAAGAUGGCUGAAACAAUUGGCACAGCCUGGUUGCUUGGAGAUGCCACAGCUAGUGACCGUUGGAGCAACCCGAGAGAGAAGCACAUGGUACGUUAUUUUGCUUUGGAGGUGAGUCUGUUGGAAAGUUACUGUCCAUGUGCAGUGACUGUGGGCCUGAAGCAGUGCAUGAGCAGUAUAAAAGCAGGCCCUUCCCCUCACUCUCUCAUCCGUUCCACUCGCCUCCAUCUCCUUGGGAAUAAGGUUCGUCUCCACUGUGCAGAUAUGUCCUGCUACAACCAGUGCCUGCCCUGCGUGCCAUGCCAGCCCUGCGGCCCGACCCCGCUGGCCAACAGCUGCAAUGAGCCCUGUGUCAGGCAGUGCCAGGACUCCACCAUCGUCAUCCAGCCCUCCCCCGUGGUGGUGACCCUGCCCGGCCCCAUCCUCAGCUCCUUCCCGCAGAGCACCGCCGUGGGCUCCUCCACCUCCGCCGCCGUCGGCAGCAUCCUCAGCUCUGAGGGAGUGCCCAUCUCCUCCGGGGGCUUUGGCCUCUCCGGCUUGGGCAGUCGCUACUGCGGCAGGAGGUGCCUCCCCUGCUAAAGCUGCCGGCGACGGCCCUGGGGAAGGGCCUCGGGGACCCACAAGAUGCUACCGGACUGCGGACGGAGCAUUGGGUUCUUGCUCUCAGAGCAGCU